AUGGCUUCCACACAACGCCACUACCAGCUUCUGCCCGUCAUUUCCCUCGCAGCCAAGAUUUUCACCGAAGCAACAUCGUCAGUAGCAAAUUGCCAUCAACGUCCUCCUGCAUCUCCUGCUUCUGCCACUCCCUCCUCCGUCCCAGCGUGCAGCAGGCGUACUCACAUCCGCACUUCUGACUCUUCCUCCAAUUGCAACUUCCGCAACUGCCCUGGUGACGUACUAGCUUCUGCCAUGUCCCUAGCAUCUCCCGCCAGAUCCAAGGAGGCACCCUCCACCCCCAAGAAGGGCUUUUUCAGCAAGAUUCUCCGGCGAGGCUCCCAGAGAUCGUCCAGACGGUCUCCCACGGCUGCCACACCCGAGUCGGUGGAAAGAGCUUCUAGAACAUCCACCUCGCCGUCUCCCAUCACCAACUUGAGCAUCAGCAACAGAGAGGGAAGCGUGGUCAGCAGUGGGUCGAAGCGCCACAGCUACUUGGGUUUCAUCGACGACGACUACUCCAGUCUCUACGACGAUGACGUUGGCGAUGUCAAUAUCGACUCCGAUACUUCGUCCACCGCAUCGUUCGGUUCUCCACGAGUAAGGAACAACUCGUUCGAUAACGCUUUCGACGAGUACAAUGAGAAAAUCCGGUUUCCCACCUUGAACAACAGCUCCACCGACCAGAUCGAUAUCACGGCCGUACCCUCUAACGAGGACUCGCCGUGGGCCGGGCUCAACCCCGACACUCUCGAGGCUCCGAAAUAUAUCAAGAUCACCAAGAAGAACAAGCACAGUCCGAAGGCCAUCAACAAUUUGUUUUUGGCCCAAGAACUCAAUACCGAGACCGACGAGUCUACCGACAAACCCACGCUCGAUCUUUCUUCCAGUGGUGAAGAAGACGAUGCCGACACGCCUACCUCAGUGAAUGGUAACGGCAAUGCUCAAGAGCCUGUUCGCGAAGGCCAAGACCCUGGAAAGAGAAACCAAGGAGAGUUGUUCGUGCUUGAAUUCAGCAGAGAUGGAAAGUAUAUGGCAGCUGCUGGUAGAGACUCCACCAUCAAAAUCUGGAAAGUUAUUUCUUCCCCAUUAGGCAGACUCGAAUCUAAAAGUACGUCUCCCACUGGUCACACCAAAAGCAAGAAAUGCCGUGGUAAGAACAAUAAGAUCUAUGACGCAGCACCGGUUUUUCAUCAGAAGCCAUACAAGAUCUUGAAGGGACACACCCAGAGUAUUCUCACUUUGGACUGGAGUAAAAACAAUUUCCUCUUAUCAGGAGGAAUGGAUAGAACGGUGAAAUUAUGGCACAUUGAAAGAGAGGAGUGUCUUCAGACUUUCAACCACGAAGAUUUUGUGACAUGCGCUAAAUUCCACCCUAACGACGACAGGUUCUUCUUGAGUGGGUCUCUUGACAAUCAGGUGAGACUAUGGUCUAUUUUGGAGAGUAAUAUUGCCUACUACAAGAACUUAGGAGACAAUAUAUUGAUCACAGCAUUGUCGGUGACUCCAGAUGGAGAAUUUGCUAUCAUCGGAGGAUUUUAUGGGACUGUGUUUGCUUUGGAAGUGAACGGGUUACAUAUCAGACAAAGAGUGGACAUUAAGGAUAGGUCAAUUGUCCAUCCAUUCUUGCACAAAAAUGGUAACAAAAUCACCGGAAUCAAAAUUUACGAAACCCUGCUGUAUAAUGAGAAAGAGGAAACUGACCCCUUGGUGAAAUGGGCAUAUCUUAUUUCUACGAACGAUUCAAAAAUAAGAUUGGUACGUCUGACCCAGAAGAAAUUAGUGACACGGUUUAAGGGACAUGCCAAUAAUUCGUCUUCCAUAAACGCUUCAAUAACCGAUGACAAUCGGUACAUCUUGUCCGCCUCGGAAGAUCAUUGGUGCUAUGUUUGGGAAAAUAACAACAGUAUCAUCAAUAAUAAACUAAAGCAAUCAGUGAAAGAUCUUCUAGUCGAAGGGAAACACCAUAUCUCAGAUCUACAACAUAAGCACAAGAAGUAUGCCAAGUUGAUCCAAGACAACAAGUUAAUGAAGAAGCUUUUAGAGUCUGAUGAACAGGGAGAACAUAUUUCUAAUGAAAAUAACAGCUAUUCGGCUUUUCAUGCACAUAGCUCUAAGAUUAACGCUGCUAUUUUCGCUCCUGAAAGUACAAAGAAGUUGUUAGAAUUAUCAGACGAUGUGAUAUUCGACUUAGUAAAAAGAUAUAAAGCAUGCAUAGAGGGUUUAUCUUCUUCUGAAGAGCAUGAUAGAAGAUGUGGAGAAAAGAAAGGUUCCUUAAAGGGCUUGGUUGAAGAAUCAAAUGGUAAUAUUAUCGUGACUACUGAUGAAUAUGGUGCAAUAAGAGUUUUCAGGCAAGAUUCAGCUCAUAGAAUUAGGAAACGUUUGAUAGGACUUAAUUCUAGGAGCCAAAAGAAUCAUAGCACUGAAGACCUUAAGGGUAUGAAUUGUGAUGGACACAAACCUUUGAAGUUGGAACUUCCUGCAGUGAAGAGAUUGGCCAAACAUGGGAAGAGCUUAAGUCCAAGCCAUGAUGGGUACUUCCACUUUAAGAAUAAGCAUCGGGGGAAUUCCAAGUCUAGCGGAUUUAGUAGUCAGGAUAGUAAGUUUGGGUCUGUGAGAAGCGACAAUACCUUGUCAAGUGACAGGAAAACACAACUGAGUCAUACCCUGUCAACUUUGAUCCUGGGUGAUGAGUCAGUAGUUCCUUCGCGGAAUUUAGGAGGUGAGAUUAGACUAGAUAUGAAAUGA